UCACUGUCGUCGGCCACCAGAGUAGAAUGCAGUCGUGGUGAUGGUCGUCGGCCGCGGCCGCGGAGGUACAGGCGCAGGCACGGCGGCCACGGUGCUGAUGCUCCCGCUGCCGUCGUCGCCGCGAGGGGUGUACGCCGGAGGCGGGACGUCGGGCAGGUCUUCGGCCUCACCUGCUCCUUGUACAAUGUUAUUGUCGUUGUGGCUUAUGCUGGUGCUGCUGAUACCGGCCGUGCUGAUCCAGCCGGACGACUGGUUUGAUAUGCCUGGGGCAGAUGACGGCUGCCUGGGGACUGAGUUGGUGGAGGAAGAGGACGACGACGAUGACGACGACGAUGACGACGUCGAGGGCGGCGGGUAGUCGACGAGCUUGACAGUACCGCGCUCGUAGCGCUCCUGAUCGCGGCGGGCCUUGCGCCGAAUCAGCAUGCACGAGGACAGGGACACGGCGGCGAAGGCGGCGACGAUGACGAUGGCAACGGCCCAGAGGGGGAAGCCAUUGCUGCCCCAGGUCGUGUCGGGGUCGGCUCUCUUGGCUUGUAUGAGAAAUGCAUCGGAUCUCAAAGAGACUGAGGGCAUUGCUGGGGCGGGUUGUAGUAUGUGCGUGCGUGUGAGUGUGUGUGCGUGGUUCUGGAGCAGGGUGGGCCUGGAUAUGCCGAAUUGCUGGCCGGCUAGAUCGGAAACCACGAGGAACGUGGAAGACGCCAGUCAAGAUGGGACGAGACAAUUGGCAGCAAGCAGGCGAGAGAUGAUGACGGCUUUGGGGAGAUCAGAAGGCAGCGGCGGGACUUCGAGAAGGGAAAAAGAGGGCAUCGGCAGCUCUUUGUGGGAGGGCUCGGGAAUAAACCACGUCUGGCUGGAGGCAGUGCGUGACAUGAUUGUUACCAGAGUUUUGAUUCGCGGCCGUGGCUGUCUGCACGGCGUGAUCGUCGCUGCCGGCAGCAAACAAGGUACUUGUCCCAACCUUAAGGUGCGUGCGCAUAGGUACCAAGAUACCUCCCCCUUCCAGAUUCCUUCAGCCAACAGCAGGCGGCGGUAUGCGCAGUCAGCGUCACCCAGGACCGUUACUGUACCCGCCUCGAGACAGUUAUGGCGUGGCCUGGCGUGGCCAAGGCGUG